AUAUAAUAUGAGGUGAUGGUUAAUUCUUCUUCAAGAAGUUUCUUGUAGACUUAAUUAAGCUGGUUUCAAAAGAUAAAAAAAAAAUAAAAAAAUUAAGCUGGUUAAUUUCAUUUGGUGGAGAUUAUGAAGCAAAAGAUUGUGAUUGAGGUACCACUCCAUUGUGCAAAAUGCAAGAAGAAAAUAUUAGCCAUAUGCACCACUGCUGAUGGUGUUGAAACAGUUACUUUGGAAAGGGAAGGAAGAGAUAGAGUGGUGAUUAAAGGAGAAGAUGUUGAUGCAGCAAGGGUGACUCAAUGUUUGAGGGAGAAAGUUACAGGGUAUGCUAGACUUGUUAGUGUGGCCAAGGAUGAAUCAUGAAUGAAUAGCUUUAAUUCAAACUUGAUUAAUUAUGGCUUAUGGUCAUUCCAAUCUUCUAAUAUUCAUAUGUAGAAAGGUGAAUGUAAAGUAUUAUUAAAAAUAGGUGAGUGUUUAUUUUUAUAAUUAUCCCAAACAGAAAUGUUUCCAUCAAUUUUUUGUACCAUUUCAUUUCUAGAUAUAUUUUAUUUUAUAUAUAUGUAAUAAGUAAAGGUGUGUUUCUCCAAAUUCACAUAAAAAUAAUAUUUUAAUUUUUU